AUGGUAGUCAGCCUUAUUCUACAUUACGACGGAUCAUCUAUUCCUAUCUUUAUGCGACUGAUAUGCGAUCAUGGGCAAUAUAUACUUAGAAACAAAACACUUUGCGACAUCAAGUUUCGGCAACUGAUUGAAAAACGACUGAACGAACUCAAGCACACAGAUAUUCAAAUCCGUUUCGGCGAGACUUUAUUCGAAUGUCACACGUUGCUGCUGCAGUGUUUUUCGGAAGUUUUCGAUGAGCUGGGCAACAUACCGGAGGUGGAUCUACCAGAGGAGAAGGUAACUCCGGAUGCGUUCAAGCUCAUCUACGAUUGGCUGUUGUCGCAGAAACCAGUUGUGCAACGGGAACAUUUCGUUGAGGUGUUUGUAGCGGCGGAGUACUUGGGCAUUCCUGCUCUGAUCAACCAGUGCUGGACUUGCGUGGACGAUACGGAAGCAUUGAUGGAAGAUCGUGCUUUUCGGUUGUACACUGAGGCAAUUCCUUUCCAGCACACCGUUCUACAGAACAUGAUGCUGAGAAGAAUUUGCAAAUUUUUCCUUACUCUUGUCGCUUCCGAAGAGUUUCUUCAUCUACCGAUAGAAGACUUAACUAUCCUGUUGAAAUAA